AUGGCUCUUGGGAAACCCGUUCCGACCACCAUAGACAACCAUCGCAUAGAGCGUCUCCCCAGGCCGCUGGCGGAUGCAGAAGAGCAAGGCGUUUCCGCGCGGCAGGCGGAAGAGCAAGGCGUUUCCACGCGGCAGGCGGAAGAGCAAGGCGUUUCCGCGCGGCAGGCGGAAGAGCAAGGCGUUUCCGCGCGGCAGGCAGAAGAGCAAGACGUUUCCGCGCGGCAGGCGGAAGAGCAAGGCGUUUCCGCGCUGCAGGCGGAAGAGCAAGGCGUUUCCGCGCUGCAGGCGGAAGAGCAAGGCGUUUCCGCGCUGCAGGCGGAAGAGCAAGGCGUUUCCGCGCUGCAGGCGGAAGAGCAAGGCGUUUCCGCGCUGCAGGCGGAAGAGCAAGGCGUUUCCGCGCUGCAGGCGGAAGAGCAAGGCGUUUCCGCGCUGCAGGCGGAAGAGCAAGGCGUUUCCGCGCUGCAGGCGGAAGAGCAAGGCGUUUCCGCGCUGCAGGCGGAAGAGCAAGGCGUUUCCGCGCUGCAGGCGGAAGAACAUUGCGUUUCUGCGCUGCAGGCGGAAGAACAUUUUGUUUCCGCGCUGCAGGCGGAAGAACAUUGCGUUUCCGCGCUGCAUGAGCGCUUUCUAGAUUCUUUCCGUCAUAGCAACCGGUUGCGCGACAAUGUGAACGUCCGCGGUUUGAUGAGCGGCGUGCCGUGCUACGUGCUCGCGAAAGACGGCAGCGCGGGUCACUCUGGCAAGUACCGGACGGUGAGAGGCUUGGCACACCGAGAUGAGGGACUUGGCAUAUUGAGCUGA